GACCCGGCGACGGACGCGGUGGUGUCGUGGAGCGACGCGUCGGACACGAGCUUCGUGGUCUGGAACUCGCCCGAGUUCGCCGCGCGGCUGCUGCCUGCCUACUUCAAGCACAGCAAUUUCUCCAGCUUCAUCCGGCAGCUCAACACCUACGGAUUCCGUAAAAUAGAUCCAGAGCGAUGGGAAUUCGGUAACGAGUACUUUGUCAAGGGGCAGAAGCACCUGCUGAAGAACAUCUACAGGCGGAAGCCUAUCCACAGCCACAGCCAUCAACCAGGUGCGCUGCCUGAUAACGAGCGUUCAUUCUUCGAAGAUGAGAUCGACCGGCUUGCACGAGAGAAAGCAAACCUACAGGCCGAGCUCUGGAAGUCCAAGCAGCAGGAGUCCGGAACCAUGUUCCAGAUUGAAGCCCUGGAGCGACGAGCUGUCGACAUGGAGCAACGGCAAGGCAAGAUGAUCGCCUUCCUGCAGCAGGCCAGCAAGAACCCUCACUUUGUCGGUAAGCUUGUCAAGAUGGCAGAGGCAUCCUCGAUGUUCGCAGACGCUUUGCACAAGAAGAGAAGGCUGUCUGGGUUAGACUACGCCGUUGAGGCCACGGAAACAGCUAGCUUCUGCGAUGACCAUAGCGCCACUUCCAGGCAAGAAAUGGGCAACCUUCUGAACCAGCACUUCUCCGAUAAGCUCAAGUUGGGGCUCUGCUCCGCGGCGACGGAGAGCAACCUCGUCACCCUGAGCACCCAAAGCUCGCACGAAGACAACUGUAGCCCGCAUGGCAGGCAUCCUCCAGGGCACGACGGAAUGGGGACGGGAGGCCUUCCUCUGGUACCACAGAUGAUGGAGCUCUCCGAUACCGGGACGUCCAUCUGCCCCUCCAAGAGCUCGUUCUUCACACCGGCUGUAAACGAUGAAGGGCUGUCGCCGUGCCAUCUGAGCCUAACUCUAGCGUCGUGCUCGAUGGAUGUCGACAGAGGUCAAGCCUCCAAUGCGGACGGGGGCACCACCGUCGACGAGGGAAGCGACAACCCACCGGAGGCCACCGCAACUGCCUUCGGCGGUAACCAGAGGGCAUCAGUCGAUGCCGGCACAGCGGAAGCGCUGACGGCACGAGAGGAUACGCGAGUGGCCGCCGAGCCGGCAGCUCCUGUCAAGGCGAAUGACAACUUCUGGGAACAGUUUUUGACGGAGAGGCCGGGAGACGCGAGCUCUGGCCCGAGGGAUCCUUCCAUGGACAAGGGGCAAACUGAAGGUGGGGAGAAGGAUGACAGAGAAGACACGGAACAGCUGAAACUCUGACUUUACUUCCAGAGCUACCAAUUUCGUGAUACAUACAGUAAGCUGCUGUGUAAUCAGGAUGGCGUGAAUUAACGGGUGUGUGAUUACGCACAGCAUCGGACGUGUGUACAUAUUUAUGUCAGGGUAACAUAUCAUGGCAUAUAGUACUCCCUCCGUCCCACAUUGUAAGACGUUUUUGUAAGCUGAAUAUGGGACGGAGGGAUUAGAUGGGAGUUUGGAUGCCCUUAGAGCAACUCUAGCCAUAUUCGCACCCUCGAAACUCGUUUCAGAGCGCGCUUUGUAAUUUUUUUGGAGGCUCAACACAAAAUCGCUGUAGUCCGAACUCCAUCUCUAGCCGGCCCAUUCUUCAGCGUCUAUGUUCAUUUUUAAUAUAGAAAAUUGCACUGUA